AUGGAUUUCACGGAAGUCAUGGUGCUCACUGUAACUCCAGAUAAUUGGAGGCAUGAAAUCGUAUCAUAUCUGAAAGACCCAAAUGGGCCACAUAGCCAACAAGUUCUGCGAAGGGCUCGAUAUUAUGUGAUAAAGGAUAAGAUACUCUUCCGCAUAGGCUCUAACGACUUACUCAUGAAGUGUUUGGCCAAGAAAGAACAACGUAUAGCCAUGACUGAAGUCCAUGAAGGCAUAUGCGGAGCCCAUCAAGCCAGCAUCAAGAUGAGAUGGCUUUUGAGGAGACAUGGCUAUUUUUGGCCAACUAUUCUCAAAGAUUGUAUCGAAUAUGCCAAAGGGUUCCAAGAUUGUCAAAGGCAUGGUCUAGUUCCACAUGUUCCGACCGAACCUAUGAAUCCUAUUGUAAAGGCGUGGCCUUUCAAAGGUUGGGCAACGGAUGUGAUCGGUCAAAUUCCCCCAGAGUUGUCCAAAGGCCACAAGUACAUCUUGGUGGCCAUCGACUUCUUCAAGAAGUGGGUGGAGGCCGUCCCGCUAAAGAAAGUAACCCAAGUCGAGGUAUUAGAAUUCAUCGAGAAAAUUAUCAUCCACCGAUUCGGUCUACCCGAAUCCAUCAUGACUGAUCGAGGAACGGCUUUUAUGGGGAAGGCUGUCCAAGCAACCGCAAGAAAUUGGGGAGUUAGAAUGGUUCAAUCCACUCCAUACAAUCCUCAAUCGAGUGGCCAAGCUGAGGCCAGCAAUAAAGACCUCAAGAAGGUCUGUUACCGGAAUGACACCACACUCACAUAUGGCCAUGAUGCCGUUCUUCCCCUCGAGAUAUUCGUGAGAUCAUUGAGGGUGGCCCGUCAUGGCGAGUGGAGUAAGUAUGUGUACAACCAAGCCAUGGCGCAAGAGUUGGAUGAUCUUGAAGAAGUGAGGUUGGAUGCCUUGGACAAGCUCAAGGCACAAAAGGAAACGGUGUCCCGAGCAUAUGACAAAAAAACUAAGGCCAAAAGUUUCGAAGUUAGAGAUUUGGUGUGGAAGACCAUCCUUCCGACUAGAUCUAAGGAUCCUAAGUUUGGCAAGUGGUCUCCGACUUGGGAAGGCCCAUUCCUCAUCCACCAAAUUUUAAGGAAAAUCGCCUAUAAGCUGAGUACCGAAAUGGGUGAGUCUAUGAUGCACCAAUCAAUGGCAGAUUUCUAA